AUGAAGACCCCAGCCCCUGGCCGCACCCACAGCAUCGUGCUGGUCCUGCUCUCGCUGGCCGUACUCCAGACCACCAAAGCCCACAAGAAUGACGUUGACAUCUACAGUCUCACUGUGGACUCUAAGGUCUCCUCCCGAUUCGCCCACACAGUUAUCACCAGCCGGGUGGUCAACAGGGCUGAUGCCAUGCAGGAGGCCACCUUCCAGGUGGAGCUGCCCAAGAAAGCCUUCAUCACCAACUUCUCCAUGGUCAUCGAUGGUGUGACCUACCCAGGUAGCAUCAAGGAGAAGGCUGCAGCACAGGAGCGGUACAGCGCGGCCGUGGCCAGGGGCGAGAGCGCCGGCCUCGUCAGGGCCACCGGGAGAAAGACGGAGCAGUUCCAGGUGUCCGUCAGCGUGGCUCCCGCUGCCAAGGUCACCUUCGAGCUUGUGUAUGAGGAGCUGCUGGCACGUCAUCUGGGAGCGUACGAGCUGCUGCUGAAAGUCCGGCCCCAGCAGCUGGUCAAACACCUGCAGAUGGACAUUCACAUCUUCGAGCCUCAGGGCAUCAGCUUUCUGGAGACAGAGAGCACCUUUAUGACCAAUAAACUGGCAGAGGCCCUCACCACCUCACAGAACAAGACCAAGGCUCACAUCCGAUUCAAGCCAACACUGUCACAGCAACAAAAGUCUCCGGAGAAGCAGGACACGGUCCUAGAUGGCAACUUCAUUGUCCGCUACGAUGUGGACCGGACUGCCUCUGGGGGUUCCAUUCAGAUUGAAAACGGCUACUUUGUGCACUACUUUGCCCCUGAUAGCCUGUCCACGAUACCCAAGAAUGUGAUCUUUGUCAUCGACAAGAGCGGCUCCAUGAUGGGCAGGAAAAUAAAGCAGACACGGGAAGCCCUCAUCAAGAUCCUGAAUGACCUCGGUCCCCAUGACCAGUUCAACCUCAUCAGCUUCAAUGCGGAAGCAACCACGUGGAAACCAUUGCUAGUGCCAGCCUCGACUGAGAACGUGAAUGAGGCCAAGAGCUAUGCCACUGGCAUCCAGGCCCAGGGAGGGACCAAUAUAAAUGAUGCGAUGCUGAUGGCUGUGCAGCUGCUGGAGAAAGCUAACCGGGAGGAGCUGUUGCCUGCAAGGAGUGUCACCCUCAUCAUCCUCCUCACCGAUGGUGACCCCACUGCAGGGGAGACCAACCCUUCGAAGAUCCAGAAGAACGUACGGAAAGCCAUAAAUGGCCAGCACAGUCUCUUCUGCCUGGGCUUUGGCUUUGACGUCAGCUACACCUUCCUGGAGAAGAUGGCUCUGGAAAACGGCGGCCUGGCCCGGCGCAUCUAUGAGGACUCAGACUCCGCCCUGCAGCUGCAGGACUUCUACCAGCAGGUGGCCAACCCACUGAUGACAUCGGUGGCCUUUGAGUACCCGAGCAAUGCUGUAGAGUCGGUCACGCAGGACGCCUUCCGGGUGUUCUUCAAGGGCUCCGAGUUGGUAGUGGCUGGGAAGCUCCGGGACCAGAGCCCUGACGUGCUCUCAGCCCAAGUCUGGGGGCAGCUGCACAAGGAGAACGUCACCUUUGUGAUGGAGUCCCAUGUGGCUGAGCAGGAGGAGAUGUUCCAGAGCCCCAAGUACAUCUUCCACAGCUUCAUGGAGAGACUCUGGGCAUACCUGACCAUCCAGCAACUGCUCGAGCAAACGGUCUCUGCGUUAGAUGCUGAGAAGCAGGCUCUGGAGGCCCGCGCACUGAACUUGUCACUCAGCUACAGCUUUGUCACCCCCUUCACGUCCAUGGUGAUCACCAAACCCGGUCAAGAACAGUCUCAGGUUGCUGAGAAGCCUGUGGAGGAUGAAAACAGAGACAGGAGAGUCCACCCAGGUAAGAGCCUUAUGCCCUCUGAGGCUGGCCUUGGUGACUCUUGGUUGACACAGGGCCUAUGCAGUGCAGACCCUGUCUUUGUCUUUUCUGAAAGAAGAGGCUGGAGAGGAAAAGGCAGUUUGAGGGGCACUAGCAGAGCGGGGAGGGAGGGCCAAUAUCACAGCAGGAAGGAGUUCAAGACGGGCCCUUUGUUCCAACCCAGAGAGCAACCACAACAGCCCCACCCUUCGGUAAGUGCCACCCUGUCUCAGCCUCCCUCCCCAUCCUCGCCCCUAGCCAGCUUUACCUGCCCCCAGAACACACCUGCUGUCCCAGCUCCCGUCCAGGCUCCUUCCGUCAUCCUGCCACUGCCUGGGCAGAGUGUGGACCGGCUCUGUGUGGACCUCCGACGCCCUCAGGAGCUAGUGAACCUGCUGUCGGACCCUGACCAAGGGGUUGAGGUGACUGGCCACUAUGAGACAGCGAAGGCCCGCUUCUCGUGGAUUGAGGUAACCUUCGAGAACCCUCAGCUGCAGGUCCAUGCGUCCCCUGAGCAUGUGGUUAUGACUCGAAACCGAAGAAGCUCUGCACACAAGUGGAAGGAAACACUGUACUCGGUGAUGCCCGGCCUCAAGGUGACCAUGGACAAGGCGGGGCUCCUGUUGCUCAGCAGACCAGACAGGGUGACCAUCGGCUUGCUGUUCUGGGACGGCCCCGGAAAGGGGCUCCGGCUUCUCCUGCAGGACACUGACCGCUUCUCCAGCCAUGUCAACGGGACCCUUGGCCAGUUUUACCAGGAUGUGCUCUGGGGGCCCCUGGACACAGCAGAUGACAGCAAGCGAACACUGAAGGUCCAGGGGCGUGACUACUCUGCCACCAGAGAGCUUAAGCUGGAUUACCAAGAGAGGCCCCCCGGCAAAGAGAUUUCCUGCUGGUCUGUGGAGCUGUAG